CUCAGGCCCCACCUCCCCCUCCUUUCCCCGCCCCUGUGGCGUGGCCAGGUGGAGCCCAGUGCCUCUGAGGCGGCAAAGCUUCCCAGCCCUCCAUCUGGCCUCAGCCCAGAGCCAAGGCCAAAAGAGGGCUCUGAGCCCGGCCCCAUGAGGACGCUACUGACCAUCCUGGCCGCGGGAUCCCUGGCCGCUCACACUGCUGAGAACACCUCAGAUCUUCUUCAGCACGUAAAAUUCCAGUCCAGCAACUUCGAAAACAUCCUGACGUGGGACAGCGGGCUGGAGAGCGCCCCAGACUUGGUCUACAGCGUGGAGUAUAAAACGUAUGGGGAGAGAAAGUGGCUGGUGAAGGAGGGCUGCCAGCGGAUCACCCGGAAAUCCUGCAACCUGACCAUGGAAACGGGCAACUUCAUGGAGCCCUACUACGCCCGGGUAACUGCCAUCAGCGCGGGAGGCCGGUCAGUCACCAAGAUGACCGACCGGUUCACCUCGCUGCAACAGACUACCAUCAAGCCACCCGAUGUGACCUGUAUCCCCAAGGUGAGAUCCAUCCAGAUGGUCAUCCAUCCCACCUCCACACCUGUCCAAGCAGGGGAUGGCCACCGGCUCACCCUGGAGGACAUCUUCCCUGAUCUGUUCUACCGUUUAGAGCUCCAAGUCAACCACACCUACCAAAUGCACCUUGGAGGGAAGCAGAGAGACUACGAGUUCACUGGCCUGACCCCUGACACAGAGUUCCUUGGGACCACCAUGAUUUUUGUUCCAAACUGGUCCAAAGAGAGCGCCCCCUACGUGUGCCGAGUGAAGACACUGCCAGAUCGGACGUGGACAUACUCCUUCUCGGGCGCCAUCCUCUUCUCCAUGGGCUUCGUCGUCGCGGGGCUCUGUUACCUGAGCUACAGAUACGUCUCCAAGCCGCCUCCGCCUCCCAACUCCCUGAACGUCCAGCGAGUACUAACCUUCCAGCCUCUGCGGUUCAUCCAGGAACACGUGCUGAUCCCCGUCUUUGACCUGAGCAGCCCCAGCAGUCUGGCCCAGCCCGUCCAGUACUCCCAAGUCAAGGUCUCUGGGCCCAGGGAGCCCCCAGGAUCCCCACCACGGCACAGUGUGUCUGAGAUCACCUAUCUUGGGCAGCCAGACGUCUCCGUUCUCCGGGCCUCUGGAGUGCCACCUCAGCAGACGCUCACCUCACUGUCCUACGCACCCCAGGCGGCCCCUGAAGUCAAGCCCCUGUCCUAUGCGCCCCAAGUAACCCCCGAAGCUAAAACUCCAUGCUACACUGCACAGGCCAUGGCUGAGGUUCAGCCUCCCUCCUACACCCCUCAGACCGCUCCAGACCGCUGGCCUUCCUAUGGGACCUGCGGGGAAGGCUCUGGCAGAGACUCCCCACCCGUGACACCCUCUAGUCCCCAACACCGCAGGACUAAAGGUCAGCUCCAGAAAAAGGCACCAGCUGAAACCCAUAUCCCAGGUGGCCUUCCUCUGCAAGGGGUGACCUCCUUGGAUAUGAAGGACCCCCAAGAAGCAAAUUUCUUCCACCAGCCUCUGGGAGCUCACAAGGACAGAGCACCUGACCCCAGGGUACUACAUAGAGGGGAACCUGGGACACCAUCAUACCUAAAGGGCCAGCUCCCCCUUCUCGCCUCUGUCCAGAUCGAGGGCCACCCGGUCUCCCUCCCUUUGCACACUCCUUCCCUCCCAUGUUCCCCCACAGACCAGGAACCAAGUCCCUGGAGACUGCUGGAGUCCCUCGUGUGUCCCAAGGAUGAGGGUCCUGAGUCUGGGAUGGAGGCCCAGAGCCCAGCCUCUCAGGACUUAGACCUGGAGCCCCCCACAGAACUGGACUCUCUCUUUAGAGGCCUGGCCCUGACCGUGCAGUGGGAGGCCUGAGCAGAGAACGGGGCAGGUCGGGGCUUCCUCCUUGUCCCCACCCAAGCUCACAUCGUUGGCCAUCACUCCCACCCCCAACCUUGCCACGUGCUCUGCAGCCUUGCCUCAGGGGAAUUCUCUUGAAAGAACCAGAGGAAAGAGGGACCCGGGGCCCCUGCCACGGCUGAGCAAGGUGUCGGAGCAAAGCGGCAUGAUAAGGACUCCGGCUGGAGGAUUCUGAGUGUGCGGCACGUGCAGAUGAGCUCCGCGGGGCAGGAGGGGACCAUCAGAGUGCUGGGUGUUAAUGCACGGAGACCUCACGGAGAUACAGCGCCACUGGCUCCUAAGAGGCUGGACACGAAGUUCACCCCACUCCCAGCCAGUUUCAUAAGCUAGUUAGACAGAGAGUGAGGUCUCUACCUCCUCCUGAGAAACGGAGCCUGGAAAGGACACCCCACAGCAGGCUGGGCUAAACCAGAACUUGGCCCAUGAUAGCACGAUGGCAAGACUCCAGGGAGGGGUGCAGCCUGGGGCUCAGUCCCCACCAAGCCGCUGUUGAAAAUCCACACUGUCUCAACCUGGCUCCUCUGCCAGAGGCUUUACCCCAGGGGAAAAUCAGGUCUACCCGUGAGGGAGAACACACAGGCCUUUCCAGCCUGCAGAAGCUGUAGACCCUCUCCGGAGAGCAGGAUUCGUAAGGAACGGGGGUUGGGGGGGAGGCACACGGCCCCCAAGAAAGAGUACGCACUUCAAGACUUUGAAAACUCAGCCUUGGGUUCAGCUCAUCUGGGUUCAAAUUUCCACCUUACCACUUACCAGCUGUAUGACUUCAAGGAAAUGAAUCACUGCUCAAAACCUCAGUUUCUUCACCUGUAAA